ACGGCUCAAUAUCUACAUCUCUCUCUCUAUUCACAGCCAACUUUUUCAGUCUCUGCUUAAACACUGGGUAUCCUAGGUGGGUGGGAAGCUCUUCUUUCUUUUUGGGUUUCUUCCACAAUCUUGAUCCCCCUUUCUCUCUCCCUCUCUUAAAGUUCAGUUUUUUAUUCUUUUUAAUAGCUAAAGAUUGAAACUUUCCUUUCUGGGUUUUCUCUGAAACUCGUGUAUCUUUACACUCAAUCCCAUUUUCUUUUGAUUUCCUGACUUACCCUUUUCUCCCCCCAUGUCUCCAUGAUCCCACUUUUCACUGCCAUUUUCGUUUAAAGCUCCUAAAGCGGUAGCAUUUUUUGGGUGAGAAAAAGAUUCCUCUUUUGAAAAUGAAGCAUUCAGCUCUGAUUGACUCGGUUGUCUUUCAACUCACACCCACUCGGACUAGGUAUGAUUUGGUUAUAUCUGCAAAUGGAAAGACAGAGAAGAUAGAUUCAGGUUUACUGAAUCCAUUUCUUGCUCACUUGAAAACUGCCCAAGAACAAAUGGCCAAGGGGGGUUAUUCAAUUAUCCUUGAGCCAGAUCCAUCAAGUGAUGCUUGGUGGUUCACCAAGGGUACAGUUGAAAGGUUUGUUCGCUUUGUCCGAACUCCAGAGGUUUUGGAACGGGUGUACACCUUGGAAUCUGAGAUAUUACAGAUUGAGGAGGCAAUUGCAAUUCAGGGAAACAAUGACACAACAACUCUUAAUGUUGUAGAAGAACAUCUGUCAAAACCUGCGGAAAGCAUAGAAGGUAGCAGAACCUUGCCAGAUAUCAAUGACGAGAAAGCAAUCAUUCUUUACAAGCCUGGAGUACAGCCACAAUCGAAUGGAUCGACUGCAAAAGAGGGGAAUUCGAAAGUUCAGCUUUUGAAAGUCCUGGAAACUCGCAAAACUGUGCUGCAGAAAGAGCAAGGCAUGGCUUUUGCACGUGCUGUAGCAGCUGGUUUUAACAUUGAUGAUAUUCCCCCAAUGGUGUCAUUCUCUGAAAGCUUUGGAGCCUCACGUUUAAAGGAUGCUUGUAAAAGAUUUAAGGAGUUAUGGAAGAAAAAGCAUGAAUCUGGCCAGUGGCUUGAAAUUGAAGCAGCUGAAGCAAUGGCUAGAGGUGCAGACUUCACUGCCAUGAAUGCAUCGGGUGUCAUGCUUCCUAAUGUGGCCGCUGAAUUUGCUGCUGAAAGCAAUGGGAAACCAGAUGAAAAGACUCCAAUGGAAAACCAGCUUCCUCCUCCACAAGGUCAGUUUCCACAUCAAAUGUUCCCACCAUGGCCUAUUCAUUCUCCUCCUGGUGUUAUGCCUGGAUAUCAACCAUAUCCCAUGCAAGGCAUGCCUUACUAUCAGAAUUACCCUGGUAGCCCAUAUUUUCAGUCACCUUAUCCAGCAGCUGAGGAUCCUCGAUUGCAUUCUGGUAAGAGAAUGGGACAGAAAAGGCACUCCAUGGACAGUAGUUAUAGCUAUGCUGAAUCAGAAACAUGUGAUAUGGAUGCUUCCAGAACAAGAUCGUCGGAUGAUGUUGAGUUAGAAAAUUCACAAAGUCGAGAAUCGCGUAAGAGAGGUAGCCGGUCAGGUAAAAAACAAUCAGGCACGGUUGUUAUUCGAAACCUUAAUUACAUUUCAAAGGGACACAGUUAUUCAGAUUCCGAAUCACAAUCAGCCUCAGGCUCUGAAACAGACGAGGAUAGAAACAACUCUCGAAGGGCCUCAAGAAAGAAAGACAACAAUAUAAAAUCUGCAGAUAAAAACAAUUCAGCUGAUAAGGAAGAAAUAAGUUAUGGGAAGGUGGCAGAUGGAGGACAUUGGCAAGCAUUUCAGAAUUUCUUACUUAGAGACGCCGAUGAUGAAAAAUGUGAUGUUGAUCAAGGUAUGUACUCUAUGGAGAACGGCAAAGUUCAUUCAAAACAACGUCAAAAUACUGGUGGUGAAGAUCCUAUAUUUUUUGGAGGGCAAGAUAAUGGUGUAGUUCGAAAUGGGGGUGCAAUGGACAUGCAAAAUAUAAGUGGAAACAUGACUCGCUUGCCGAAAAAUUCUAUGGAUGAAGCUAUGAUUUCUAAAAGAGAUGGCAUAAAUGGGGAUAUCGAUGGUGAAGGCGAUGUACUCUAUUCUGAAGUAAAUGGAAGAAGGGUGAGCUAUAGGAGGUCAUCCAAUGAAGAUUUUAUGAUUAAUAGGCAAAAACAAUCAGGGUUUACAAGUUCUGCUAAUGGAUUUGAAGGUGUGGAAAGAAAUAUGGACAGGAGGUCCUCUCAAAAUAUGGAUGAUGAUUCCUAUAUAGUUGCCUUAAGAUCAGCUUCACUAGAUCAAGUUGGAAAUGGCAACCCUAUUCAUAUGGAUUCUGAAUUCCGGUCAGCCACUGGCAAAGAAGAGAACGGUGGGGUCCAAGUCCAUUAUGAACCUGAAGAAUUAAGUAUGAGGCCUCAACGCGGGGAUGAAAUUGGGGCGUUUGGCUAUGACCCUGCUUUGGAUUAUGAAACACAGGGUGCUUCACAAAAUAAGAGAAGUAAGGAGGUGGCAACUAAUGCUAAUCAGACAUCUAAGAAGCCAGAUAAGGGCCCAAAAUCUAAAUUGCUUCAAGAUGAUAAGAAGAAGAAUGUUGGGCCAAUAAGGCGAGGUAAGCCUUCAAAAUUGAGUCCUUUGGAAGAAGCACGGGCACGUGCUGAGAAGUUGAGAAGCUUUAAAGCUGAUCUCCAAAAAGUAAAGAAAGAGAAGGAAGAGGCAGAGAUGAAGCGGAUAGAAGCUUUGAAAAUUGAAAGGCAAAAGAGAAUUGCUGCCAGAGGAGCUAGUACUGUCCCUGCUCAGCAAACAAGGAAACAAGUUCCAACGAAGACUUCACCGAGCUCAUACAAAGGAACAAAGUUUAGUGAUUCAGAGCCAGGACCGUCAUCACCUUUACAACGGUUCCCUACUAGAACUUCUUCUAUGGGAUCCAUUGAUUCACAAAAGGCAUCCAAAAGCAGCAGCAGGUUAAUUGGAGGAAGUCACUCAGCUGGAAACAGGAUAAGCCGGUCAGCGACUUCAUUGCCCGAGGCAAAGAAAGAGAAUGGAACAAAAGCAUCUAUGUCACGCAUUAGAAGGUUAUCAGAGCCUAAAAUGAUUAGUAGCCAUCCAAUUUCUUCGCUGAGAGCACGAGGUACCGAGCCAGUGUCAAAGUCAAAGUCGAAAUCAAAAAUAUCUGAUGGGUCUGAUAGCAAAAAAUUAUCUGCCAUAGUAAACUAUGAUAAAAGCAAGGCUGCUACUCUUCCAGAACUGAAAAUUAGAACACCCAAGUUACCCAAUACUACCCCGAGCAAAUUUACUACAAAAGAAGUGACACAGAAGGGUAAUUUGGCCAAGUCAUCUACAACUUCUGAAGGUACUGAAGUAAAGAAAGACAAUGGAAAGCUCUCACAUCAUAAUGAAGCAGACGAAAAUCCAGUGGUUGAAAAGACUGUUUUGGUGCUUGAAUGUGAGAAACCUUCUGUACCUGAUGUAUAUUCAAAGGAGGACAACAUUACGGUGGUGUCAGAUUAUGCAACUAUCCGAGCACCAAACACAGUUCAUGAAGAGCCCCUGAAUGGCCAAAUACAGGAUAAAAUUACUUCAAAUGAGGUUGCUACUGUUGAUGUGAACAAAGUGCUGCCACAGCUCUCAAGCCUUAGUAUUGCUGAAAAACAGUACCAAGCCCCCUAUGCUCGGGUUUCUUCUUUUGAAGAUCGUACUGAGAAAUCUGUUGUUAUUAGUAAAGCUGCUGUCAAUGUAAACCCCGAACCUGUAGCAACAAGCUCUGUGAAAUCACACGUAUUGGAUACUAGAAACCUGAAAUUGGAAAAGAUUCCAGAAACCCUGGAGAAGCCUCAGGUAAAGGAAUCGUCAAAGGGAUUUAGACGACUGUUAAAGUUUGGGAGAAAGAAUAACAGCUCUUCUGCGGGUGAACGUACUUCUGAAUCAGAUAAUAUUAGCGUAAAUGGUUCCGAGGUAGAUGAUACUGCAACAAAUACCGCUGUUUCAAAUGAAGUUCAUACAUUGAAGAAUCUAAUAUCUCAAGACGAAACUCCCACUGCCAACACUACUCCACAAAAGCCUUCCCGCCACUUCUCCUUGCUAUCACCGUUCCGAAGUAAAAGUAGCGAUAAGAAGAUGGCAACAUGAUGGCAUGCCAUGCAUGACAUGACAUGGAGGUUUGGAGCUGUGUUCUUCAUUUUCCAGCAUUGUAGGUGUAGUCAUAGAGUUGUUAUAUACUUAUGAAGAUUGUUCAGUUCAGUUCAGUUCUUUUGUAUUGUAUUGUUUCAUUGACAAAACAAACAUCAUAUAUUUAUAUCUAAUCUUAUUUUUGUACA